AUGGAGCCAGGAAACCAAAGUACUAUUUUAGAAUUUAUUCUCCUGGGGCUCUCAGAAGAGGAAGAGCUGAAGCCUCUCCUGUUUUGGGUAUUCUUGUCCAUGUACCUGGUCACAUUCAUUGGAAAUCUUCUCAUUAUCUUGGCCAUUAUCACAGACUACCAUCUACACACACCCAUGUACUUCUUUCUCUCCAACCUGUCCUUUGCAGACAUCUGUUUCACCUCCACUACCAUCCCAAAGAUGCUGGUGAACAUCCAGACACAGAGCAAGGUCAUCACCUAUGAAGGUUGUCUCAGCCAGAUGUAUUUUUUCAUGCUCUUUGGAGAAUUAGACAACUUCCUCUUGACAACGAUGGCCUACGAUCGGUUCGUGGCCAUCUGUCACCCCCUACACUACACAGUCAUCAUGAACCACAAGUUAUGCACCAUCCUGAUUCUGGUAUCCUGGUUAUUGAGUGUUCUGGAUGCUCUGUUACAUAGCCUAAUGAUUUUGAGGCUGUCUUUUUGUAUAAAAUUGGAGAUUCCUCACUUUUUCUGUGAACUUAAUCAGGUGAUCCAAUUGGCUUGUUCCAAUAUCUUCCUCAACAACCUAGUGAUCUAUUUGGCAAGUGAACUUCUGGGUGUUAUUUCACUCACUGGUAUCCUGUUCUCUUACUCUAAGAUUGUAAUAUCUAUUUUGAGAAUUUCAUCAGCUGGCGGCAGGUAUAAAGCAUUCUCCACAUGUGGGUCUCACCUGUCAGUUGUGUUGUUGUUUUAUGGUACAGGACUUGGAGUGUAUUUUAGUUCAUCUUCCCAAAAUUCCAGGGCAAGUGCGAUAGCCUCAGUGAUGUACACUGUGGUCACUCCCAUGCUGAAUCCUUUCAUCUACAGUCUGAAGAACAAGGACAUAAAACAGGCCCUGGUAAAUGUCUUCAGAACAAAAACUGUAUCUACAUAA